GGAGGGUUAUCUUUACGUUUAAAAAGGAGUCGCCUGCGCCGCGCGGGGAAGACCUGGGGAGCGUCCGACCACACGCGCGAGUCACGAGCGCCCCACGCUCCCCGGCGCUCGCUGCGCGCCGCUUCUGGGCCUCCUGCGCCUCGCCGCUCGCAGGUCCCAAAGGAUCUGGGACCACGUACCCUGGGGAGCCGCUGGUCUGCACAGUGCCAGAUCGUCGCUGAGACUGGACUGUUUCUCCGCCCGCGGUUCCUCGCCCCGCACCUUUCUGCUGCGCGCCGGGUCUCGGAGGAGGCGCCGGGAGAGUGGAUGCGGGCGAGAUGGACAGCGGCGCACUGCCCCGGCCGCCACCCCGCGCGCCUGGCGUCUCGGGCUGCUGCGCGGCUCGGAGGCGACCCGAGUCCCCAGAGCUGCUCCGCUGCAGCCGGCGGCGGCGGCCAGGCGCGGUGGAGACCGGCAACGGCGCGGCAGCCGUGGCGCGACGCAACGAGCGCGAGCGCAACCGCGUGAAGCUGGUGAACUUGGGGUUCCAGGCGCUGCGGCAGCACGUGCCUCACGGCGGCGCCAGCAAGAAGCUGAGCAAGGUGGAGACGCUGCGCUCGGCCGUGGAGUACAUCCGCGCGCUGCAGCGCCUGCUGGCCGAGCACGAUGCGGUGCGUGCCGCCUUGGCCGGGGGUCUGCUGGCGCCAGCGGCGCGCCAUCCCCUGCCCCGCGGGCCGCCCGGGACCCCCGCCGCCACCGCCUCGCCUUCCUGCGCCUCGUCGUCCCCCGGCCGCGGGCACAGCUCGGAGCCCGGGUCCCCCCGUUCCGCCUACUCGUCGGACGACAGCGGCUGUGAGGGCGCGCUGAGCCCCGCCGAGCGCGAGCUGCUCGACUUCUCCAGCUGGUUAGGGGGCUACUGAGCGCUUCACCCCGAGCGGCGGCAAGCGCCCACCACCUGGGAGCCGGCGCGCUGGCCUGGCUCGACUCGUCCCUGUCCUAUCUGCGGGUCAAGCCACCACCGAGCCGGGGCUCCCGCCAUCGCCCCCCCCGGCCGUCCAGCCUGACCAAGGGCUAGUGUGGAAUGGGGUCCCGCCAGACCUCUCUGGCGGCAGCUUCCUCGGCCACCGCCCUUGCCCCCAGAGGCCUUCCCCUGGAACGGGGCUGCAGCAGGACGCUCGGAGGCGUGACGAGGAGGGGAUCUUGGGAUGACACAGAUUAUCUGUUUUUUACUCAUGGACUUGAACUGCCCAGGGACGCUGGCAAUAUGAAGACUUAUUUUUGUACAAAGAAUCCUUAGAUUUGGAACACAAUAAAGAUUGUCUACCCCUGUC